CAUAUUUGAACAUUUCUCUUUGCUAGUGUGACUUCCCCACUUCGUAUUGUACACUUUUAUCAUCCUUUGGUAACCUAAUUUCAUCCGUGCUGAUUCUGCAACAUUAUGAUGCAGCACUAAUUUGAUUCUGUUUUUUAAUUCUGUUUUCCCCCCUUUAACAAUGUUUUAUUUCCUGAUAGGUUUGACAUGCCUGCUCCAACCAUCACCCCGGAGUUAAAGAAAGAUCUGCAGCUCUUAAAGUUAAGGAGUGUGUUGGAUCCGAAGAGACAUUACAAAAAGGGUGAUUCAAAAUCAAAGACUCUUCCCAAGUUUUUUCAGAUGGGAACCGUGAUAGAGCCUGCUUCAGAAUAUUAUACUGGCCGACUCUCCAAGAAAGAGAGGAAAAACACCCUCGCUGAUGAGCUGCUCUCUGAUUCAAACCUCACACAAUACAGGUAUGAAGGAAUGAUAACCAAAGAAUUUGCUCCGUAUAUGUGCAUACUCGCUGUUUGUCUUAUAUUAGGUUCAGGAAACGGAAAGUUCAGGAGAUUGAAGAAAAAAACAGACCUGGGGGAGUGGACAAGUGGAAGAUUAGGGGCCAGCAAUCAAGGCAACGUGCAAAGGAAAGAAGACAUUGAUUGUUCAGUUCUUGAAGAAGCGGAUAUAGCUCUUCUAGCAUUUUUGUACUUGUUGAAAAAAUUAGAAUAUCAACAUUAA